CGAAAGAGAAGGACCCAAAUAUACAAAAAAAGCAAAAACCGUUUCGGCUUUGAUAGUGUCCUUCGUCUUUAAAGCAGCGUGUCUUCACCGACCUGCGAGUCCUAAGGAUCAUACAUGGUACCUGGGCUUUGAGCUUUCCGUCAAAAUCCUUCUCAAGGGUUGUCACCGAUUCGACGAUUCUCACUCUUACAUCCGAAAGUUUCAGUCUUUUCUCUCGCACCGUUUCAUAUACCCGUCUCCAAGGUUUUGCAUUUCGUCGCUGUAAAGUGGUAUAUAACUCAGAAUGGAGGAUUCCAAUGGGAAAGUGAAAAUUUCGGGUAGAAAGAGGUUGAGGAAACCUAAGACUCUGGAAUUUGUUGGAUGGGGUUCGAGAAAUCUCAUUGAGUUUCUUCAGUCACUUGGUAGAGAUACCACAAACAAGAUAUCCGAGAAUGACGUUACUGCGAUUAUCAUGAGUUAUAUCCGCCAGAAAAACCGUGAAACUCCUUCGAAGAAGAAGAGAAAGCUGGUAGCUUGCGAUGAGAAGUUGCGUUUGCUUUUUGGGACUCCGAGGAUCAAUAUUAUCAAAGUCCCUGAUUUGGUAGAGAAGCAUUAUCUAGACUAUCAGGACGACUCAGACUUUGAUUUUCUAUACGCUUCAGAGGAUGAUAAACAACAGAGGCCGUCUCCUUCAGAUAAGGUGGCUAAACGAGCCAAGCAGGUUGUGCAAAAGCCUAAAGGCACCUUUGCUGCAAUAGUGAGCGAUAAUGUGAAGCUUUUGUAUUUGAGAAAGAGUUUAAUCCAGGAACUAGCAAAGACUCCUGAAACUUUUGAGAGUAAAGUGGUCGGGGCUUUUGUGAGGAUCAAGAAUCCCUGUCAGCUUGUUCACGUGACAGGUGUGAAGGAGGGAAAUCCGAUUGAUGGUAAUCUUCUUCAGGUUACAAAUUAUUCCUAUUAUCUAGAAGAUGUUGCUACCUCUUCCCUAUCAGAUGAUGAUUUUUCUCAGGAUGAAUGUGAGGAAUUUCGUCAGAGAAUAAAAAAUGGCUUUGCUAAGAGACCUACAGUUGUGGAUAUGGAAGAAAAGGCUCGAAGUUUGCAUGAAGAUGUGACAAAACAUUGGCUUGCAAGAGAACUUGUAUUGUUACAAAGGCUUAUUAAUCGGGCUAAUGAAAAGGGAUGGAGAAGAGAACUAUCCCAGUAUCUGGAAAGAAGAGAGCUUCUUGAGAAUCCAGAAGAACAGUUGAGGCUAUUGCAUGAAGUUCCUGAAGUUGUUGCAGAAGAACUUGAGCCGGAGAGAGUAGAUGAUGAUAGAAAUAUAGAAAAUGACCUCACUGUACCAAACCCUGAGGCUUUCACGGAGGCUCAUCAAAGUGUCGAAGAAAAACAACCGAGUGAUUCACUCGUUUCUAGUGUCCAGAAAACUUUAGAAAAUUCGGAGCUUCUUAAGAAUUCGGAAGACCAAUUUAGGUUGUUCCGUGAAGUUCCUGAAUUUGUUGUCGAAGAACUUGAUCCUGAGAAUGUAGAUGACGAUGAGAACAGAGAAAAUGACUUCAUCGUACCAAAGCCUGAUGCUGCCACUGAGGUUAAUCAAAGUGACGAAGACAAACAAGUGAGUUAUUCACCAGAUUCUAGUGUCCAGAAAACUCUAGAAAAUUCGGAGCUUCUUGAGAAUUCGGAAGACCAUUUGAGGCUGUCCCCUGAAGUUCCUGAAGUUGCUGUCGAAGAACUUGAUCCUGAGUAUAUAGAUGAUGAUGAGAAGAUAGAAAAUGACUUCACUGUACCAAAGCAUGAUGCCUCCACUGGGGCUGAUCAAAGUGAAGAAGAAAAACAACUAAGUGAUUCACCAGAUUCUGGUAUCCAGACAACUCUAGAAGUUUUGAAACUUGGUGAUAAAGAAGACCAACCAAUAUGUACUGCUUCUGAAGGUAACAAGGAUCUCCAUGAAGAUGUAUUCGAGCCCCCAGAAAAUUGCAUCACACAGAACAAAGACUGUCUCCCUGAAGGAGAGAUAAAUAGAAAAGUCACUCAACAGCAGUCAAGUAUUCCUGUGAUUGAUCUGUCUAACCUCCCAGAGAUUAUCGAAUUGAGCAGCGAUGAUGAUGAUGAUGAUGACAAAGACAAUCAAGCUUACCAGAACUAUGAUCCAAAGAAGGUGAUGUGGUUCUAUGAGCUCCCUAAAGGUAAAACACAUGGACCAUUCUCUCUCACACAACUCAAAGAGUGGUACGACGAAGAGUACUUUGAUGAAGUUCCAGAUUUCAAAGUAUGGAGGACAGGAGAGAGUGCAGUCUUAGUGGCCAAACUUCUGCCGUACAUCAAAACCUAAUGGAAGAACUUGUGAAAGCUCAGAUUAUCAGUUUAGAAAGUGUGCAGUUUCAAAACAAAAUUUGUUUAUUUAAUCAAAAACAGUUGUUGCAGAACUUAGUGUACAUGAUGCAAAGAUAUUCUGACUUUUGUUAUUAAAAAAAUAAAUGCCUCCUCUGAAAAUCCAA